CUGAUUGGCCGCCGGGGUCCUUGGUGGGCGUGGCCACGCUCCCCCGCCCCUCCCCAGCGCGGUGCACUCCGGGAAGGGUCCGGCGGCGCGUGCAGCGGCGCGGUGUAACGUGAGCCCGGCGGACGAGACCAUUCCCGGCCAUGCCCCCCCCGCGCUGCCUGCACUGCUCGCGCCCCCCGGCGCUGCUGCGCCCGCGCUGCGGCUCCCCCCUUUGCCGCGGCUGCUUCGUGCGGCGCUUCGAGGCCGAAGCCCUUCGCUCCCUGGCGCCGGGCUCCCGCCCGCCCGCGCCGGGUCCCGGCGCCACCGUGGCCGUGGCCGCAUCCGGCGGGAAGGACUCGACGGUGCUGAGCCACCUCCUGCAGCGCUUCGCCCCGCGCCUGGGCUGGCGCCUGGCGCUGGUCUCGGUGGACGAGGGCAUCGCCGGGUACCGGGAGGCGGCGCUGGCGGCCGUGCGCAGGGGCCGCGGCUCCCCCCCGCUCCUCGUGCUCUCCCACCGGGAGCUGUUCGGCUGGAGCGUGGAUGAGCUGGGGCCGGCGCUAGGACCCGGCUCCCGCUGCACCUUCUGCGGCGUCAUGAGGAGGCAGGCGCUGGAGAGGGCGGCCCGGCUGCUGGCCGCCGACUGGAUCGCCACUGGGCACAACGCCGACGACAUCGCUGAGACCGUCCUGAUGAACUUCCUGCGCGGGGACGUGGCGCGGCUGCGGCGCACGGCCACCGAGGCCACCGGCGGCACCGGGGACCCCACGGGGACCUCCAGGGCGGUGCCGCGGUGCAAGCCGCUGCGCCACGCCUACGAGAAGGAGAUCGUGCUCUACGCCUACUUCCAGGGCUUGGAGUACGUGAGCACCGAGUGCGUGUACGCGCCGCAGGCCUUCCGCGGCCACGCCAGGGCCCUGCUCAAGGAGCUGGAGGCCGCCAGGGCCCCGGCCGUGGCCGCCCUGGGCCACUCGAGCCGCCGGCUGCGGGUGGGUGCUGAGGGCGGCGGCAGGGUGCUGGGCGCCUGCCGCAGGUGCGGGUUCGCCGCCAGCCGGGAGCUGUGCAAGGCCUGCGUGCUCCUGGCCGCCCUAGAGAGGGGCAGGCCCAAGGUGGGGCUGGGGAAGAGGGCGCUGGAGGGGUGA